AUGUUUCUUAUAGGCCUUUGAGUAGCAUUCGUUCCUUAUCUCAUGAUGCAGAUAAAAUACUUUUCAACACUGAGCUUUAUAGCUGGAAACGGUUCUUCAGAGUGGGCUGAUUUGAUCAUUUAUAGUGUACACAUGGUCCUCAGAGGAUACAUGCCAUUGCACCCUCAGAAUUACAAUGUCAACUUUCUAAACGGUGCUUCCUGGAUUGACUGUUUGAACCAGAAGAAAUGAAGCCCUAAACUAUGAACACAAGGGAUUAAACAUUAAUAUUAAAUUCAAACCAACAGUGAUGGCUCAUCUACUGUACAGUCCCAAAUGCUUAGAGUUUCAGGCCCCAUACAGCCGUAACAGGAACUACUGCUGUUGCUCCUUUUCUCAGUAAGCCUUUGAUGUGAGUGCUGCUUUGACAGUGAGGCAGGGUGUGGCCGCACAGCUCUGUCACCUGGUCAGGUGUAUUCAUACAUUCUCAGACUCUCCCUGGAUCACUGCAGGACUCACUCCGUCACUGCUAUCUGCACACAAAAGCUCAGGUUGUUUACUGAGGCUGCUACAUUGUGGAGUUUACUUCAAAGGAUUUGUGAGGUAAAACAUUAUGUAACACUAUAUCUCACUACUGGAACUUUUUCUGUAUUCACUGGUUGAAUUAAAAACCCCAGCAGCAGUUGGAUCAGCUAUUUUACUUGUGUCUACUUCUACUUCUACCACCCUGAACAUUUCCUUCAGCUAUGGAGCGUCUGAAGUUAGUCCUGCAGUACUUCCAGUCCAACUCUGAGUCUAUAUCCAAUGGGAUCUGUAUCAUCCUGGCCUUGGUCAGUGUCAAGCUCUACACAAGUUUUGACUUUAACUGCCCGUGCCUUCCUCAGUACAACAAACUGUACUCCCUGGGAGUGAUGAUCGUACCGCCCAUCAUACUGUUCUUCUUGGGGGUCCUGGUCAACCGGCAUACAGGCGUCAUGAUGGAGGAGUGGAUGAGACCUGUUGGUAACAGAUCCAAAAAUCCUGCUGUGGUUAAGUACCUUUUCUCGGCCAUGAUCCAGAGGGCUCUGCUGGCGCCGAUGGUGUGGAUCCUGGUGACUUUGCUGGAUGGAAAGAUCUUCAUCUGUGCCUUCAGUGUUAGUGUAGACCCUGCUCUCUUCUCAGGUUUUCCCAACAACACAAGUCUGGAUGUGAUCAAAAUCAUGGCCAAAGUGCCCUGCAAGGAGGACAUUAUCUUCACAAACAGCUCUUUCCGCAAAGCAGUCUCUCGUUACGUUCGUUGCUAUUCACAAGCAGUUGGCUGGUCCAUCCUCCUCUUGCUGAUUGUACUGGGAGCACUAGGACGCCUCAUCAAGCCCUGUUUCGACGACUACGCCACCUCCCUGCAGACGCGAUACUGGAGCAACUACCUCGACGUGGAGCAGAAGCUCUUUGACGAAACCUGCGUCCUGCACGCUCGUGACUUCGCCCGUAAAUGUGUGGUGCAGUUCUUUGAGGACAUGAGGGAGGAUGCUGUACUCUGUCUUCCCCACCCGUCCUUCAUCACGAACUCCCGAUCGGAGUGGGAGGAUGAAGAGGAAGAGAGACUUCAUGGGAUUUCAAAGCAGGAGCAGGUGGACCAGCUGCUAAACAAAUGGUACUACAGUAAACCUGAACUGGACGUCACCAGGAUAGCCCACAGACCCAGGAUGUGUGUUACCUGGGAGGACCGUAACGGGAAGCCUUUAUACUCUGAUGUCUAG